AGAGUAUUCAUUUCCGCUUAGAUCUUCACGUGGUUAGUUGAUGUUAUCGUUACCAGGACGCCGUGGAAGUUCGGAUUCUGAACCUGGGGAAUCCUGAGGGUUCGUGGGCGGAAGUCGCGGCCCCCGCGUGCGGUGUGCAGAGUUCUCCGCCGUGCAGUGGGAGAACCCUGGGUCAGGCCAAGUCAUCCAUGCUGCUGAUUUUCUAGGACAACCAAGCUGAGUUCUGCUUGUCAGCUUUACUCAGCGGCUCCACAUGCUCACCCGAAUCCUGAGGAAAGCCAAGACCAAGAGUAGACACCACAGAGGACAUGGCAACCAACAUGAAUUUCUGCCAGAAGCUCCAGAGACUGGAAGCAGAGGAGCAGGAGGGGUCAUGUGAGAGAUUGGUAUCCUUUGAGGAUGUGACCGUGAACUUCAGCCAGGAGGAGUGGCAGCAGCUGAACUCUGCCCAGAGACGCCUGUACCAGGACGUGAUGCUGGAGAUCUACAGCCAUCUCUUGGCAGUGGGGUAUCCCAGGCCAGAGGCCAUCCUCAAGAUGAAGAAAGUUGAUUUCCCACACCAGAUGUGUCAGUGUCGAGGGGAAUCAGAGCAUGGCUCACCACAUCAGAUUUGUCGGAAAGCUGCAUUUCCAAAUGAUGUAUCAAGAGAAAUCACUAGACGUUCUGUUAUAGAGGAACCGUGGCAGGAUGAUAACCCUACAAAGACAGAUCAGCAAAACCAGAUCCCACUCUUGAGUUCUGGUACUUUCUUCAGCCAGAAAACACUGAUAUGUGACAGUAGUUAUGAGUGUGACUCAACCGGGGGACAUACACCUUUAGGCCUCCACCUCAUUUCUCCACAAAACAGAUCUUCAAAAUGUUGCUCAUUUGAAAAAGCUUUGCAGCCUAACCCUAACUUUCAAGCAAACAGUGAACUUCAACACAGUGCUACAAAGCAGUCUCAUGGCAUUGUUGAGUCCUGUCAGUUCUUCACACAAGGCCCUUCUGAUGCUGUGUGCACAGUUCCUAACGGAGAAGAGAAAGCAUGCAGAGGUCAAGAGUUGGGAAAAGUUCUCAGCCCUGAGCAACCACUUAGACGGCAUGAAAUUCUUUCUCAGGACAAGCCGGUUGCAUAUACCAAAUAUGGGAAAGUCUUCACUGCUAAGUCAGCUUUGUGUCAGCAGCAAACAGCUAACACUAUAGAGACACCUUUUAUUUGCCACAUAUGUGGAAAAUCCUUCCUUCAGAAAUAUGAGUUGAGUUCUCAUCCUGGAACAAACAGAGGAGAGACACCUUCUGAAUGUCCUGACUGUGCAAAAUCACUUACAAGUACAUCCAGCCUGCAGGUGCCUCAUGAAGUCCACACCAAGGAAAAACCUUACAAAUGCCAUGACUGUGGGAAAUCAUUCAGCUAUGCAUCCCACCUAAAGGUACAUCUUCGAAUACACACAGGUGAGCGACCUUAUGUGUGUUGUGACUGUGGGAAGGCCUUUAGCCAAAAGUCAGUCCUCACCACACAUCAGAGAAUUCACACUGGGGAGAAGCCUUACAUGUGUAACCACUGUGGGAAAUGGUUUGUUUAUGCAUCAGAUCUGAAGAAGCACAGUCGGUUUCACACAGGGGAGAAGCCUUAUGAGUGCCUUGACUGUGGGAAGUUGUUCAGUAAUAAAUCCCACCUGCCCGUGCAUCAUCGAAUUCAUACUGGUGAGAAACCUUACAAAUGCUGUGACUGUGGGAAAUCAUUCAGAAGAAAAUCCCACCUUAAAGUACACAAUCGAAUACACACUGGUGAGAAGCCUUACAUAUGCUCUGAGUGUGGGAAGGCCUUCAGCCACAGUUCAGUUCUCAGCACACAUCAGAGAAUUCACACUGGGGAGAGGCCUUACACUUGCAGUGACUGUGGGAAAGCCAUGUCAUCUAAAGCCCAACUGAAUGAGCACCAGAGAAUCCACACAGAGGUAAACUUACAGAAGAAUAGAACAAUAAGCACAUGUACAUUUGCCUCUGGACUCCCGCCAGCAGAGCUGGGCGUGGUGCUUUGUGCAGGUGCCAGGGCCUUCCAGUCCCAGAAUGCUAGUUCCUGUAAGGCCUUGGAGCUCAGAAGAUGAGUAAAAUCUUGUAUCCUUAGGACAUGUACAUGGGUAUGGGACGGGGCUGUCUUCUUCUGACCCCGUGGACAUGGUGUCUGUGAUUGACAAGUGACCAGAAUGAUGCUGUCUCCAUACUGGGGCGUGUUAUUUGAACCGUGUUUGGGGUUGAGUCUCAGGAAACCAGUAAGUUAGAUUCUUUGGGAAAUGUCUGUUGACUUUCAAGUAGUGACAUUUUCAGGAGCCUAAGAUAUCUCAAUGACUGGAAGGUAAAACUACAGUUUUGUGGUGAACAGAGGAUACUGAAUGUUAUUGGUGUCAGUGUCUGCAUUCUGGUGUAGUAGCGGCCACUCCUUAUGGGCAGGCAUGAAGUGGCCCAUGAACAGAGGCCUUGGGGCACAAGGACAUGUUUUCCAAACCACAGAAGAGACUGGGUCUGUGAAUUGUCAGAAAAGUGGUGUGUCAGAAAAGAAUAGGCUGUGUGACAUGUCAUGGAUGGACACAGAACUAGUCUGGAAAUGAAAUAGGAACCAGAAAUGUCUAUUGCCCUCUCAAGCUUCUAAGUCAAGAGGAACAACAAAAGGCUUUUUCUAAGUGCUGACCACAUGAGACAGUGGGAACAGUGUGUCAUCUAAGACUGAUCCCUGCCUGCUCUUCUACUCAGUGACCAUAGGGCAAAUUAAGGAAUAGCAUCCAGCCUCAAUACUAAUGCUUAUUAUAUAUGACUGAAAUGGUUAUGUAAAGUUUAAAUAGAAAUGAAGUUGGCAGAUUGCUGGUUUGGAUGCAUAGUUGCCAUGUGCUGGGCAGGUGCCUGCUCUUGAGUCUUAUCCUUCAUCAGACUCCCAUCCAGUGCAUCCUCCUGCAUCCUCACUUUGGUAACAACCUAGUUAGACUCUGAUGACAAGAGGUAGACUCUCCUGAGCCUGCUACAUGUUAUGCCCAGAUCAUGACCCCAUAGAGACCACCCAAGACCGUGGAUGU